GAGCUCUGCAGACGACACUCUCAUUCCCAACCAUCCCAUUUCUCUAUUUAUGACUCUUUCUCUCUUUUUCUUCUCCUCUCAUUGAUUUUUGGACUGGAAUCCCCUAAACGACGCGUUUCGGUCACCCAGGAAUUCCCCCAAACGACGCGUUUUGAUCGGCCCCAGGGUUCAAUUGCUGUCCCUCAGUCCAUCCCGGAUGAAUUGAUCGAUUGAUUUGGGGCCGGGAAGGAGGUGGGGCGCAGCUGCUUUCUUCUUCUUCUUUUCUUCUGUUUCUUGGAGUUGUUGAUUUGGUAAAAGGUUCUCGGCACGACGCGUUUUGGACAGGGUCGUGGUGAGCGUGGGGUUCUGAAAUAGUGGAUCGGUUUGGGGGUUUUGGUGGGAUGAGUAAUUUGAAGAACAGCGACAAGGGGUUUUGUUUUGGUUCUAAUGCGACUCUCUGUAUUGACUUUUCCGCAAUCGGUUCGUGGGUUUGAUGAUUUUAGGGGUGUUUAGGGUUUUUCUAGGAUGAAUAAUCGGUCCUGAUUUGGAGGACUUGGACGGGGAUUUGUGAGAUUUUGGAUGACCCAUUUGUGUUUUCUCAAAUGGGUUUCUUCUGUUCUUAAGGAUUAAGUAAUUUGAGAUUAGGGUUUUGUUGGUUGAUUCUUGGUGGUGUAGGGUUAAGGCAUUAGUGCAAAUGGAAGCUCCCGGUGGAAAUUACAGGGGGUCUUCGGAGAUAGGGAAUGGUAAUUCGAGAAGAUACGGUAUGCAGCUAUCGGCUUCGAAUAUCAUACAGGCGCCGUUGUCGGCGUUGUUGGAGUAUUCAGGUCUGCUGCGUGGCCGCUCAAGCCAUCAAGAAACGGAGAGUUUCAUCAAUGGAAGUGGUUUUCGGGAUCGGGUAGAGGAGUCAGCGCCAGUGAGCAAUGGUGGGGAGGUGUCAAUUAGGAUAAUUGGUGCAGGCGAGCAAGAAAAUGAGAGGGUGGGGGCCGGAUUGGCAUCAUUGGCGGUUGGUCCAGUGCGGGAUAAUGAGGCUUCUGUACAGCAGAUUGCGGGGCAGGGGUCGGGGACAGUGACAUUGGAGGGUCAUGGUCAGGUUCAGGGGGAGUCUAGGGCGGGAGAGGGCAUCUCUCAAUCGGGAAAUGGGAAUGGGGAUGGGGAAGCUGCUGAUGGGGCUGGGGCCAAUGGGAGGGAUUCGUCUUAUCAGAGAUACGAUAUUCAGCAGGCUGCCAGGUGGAUUGAGCAGGUGCUUCCUUUCACUUUGCUGCUGUUGGUGGUUUUCAUCCGGCAACAUUUGCAAGGAUUCUUUGUUACUAUUUGGAUAUCCGCUGUAAUGUUCAAGUCCAAUGAAAUUCUUCGGAAGCAAACAGCAUUGAAGGGAGAGAGGAAAAUAGCUGUUCUGGUUGGGAUCUCUCUUGUGUUCACACUUCAUGUUGCUGGUGUUUACUGGUGGUAUCAUAAUGGUGAUCUUUUAUAUCCUUUGAUCAUGCUGCCUCCAAAAGCUAUUCCACCUUUCUGGCAUGCUAUUUUCAUCAUCAUGGUGAAUGAUACUUUGGUGAGGCAGGCAGCAAUGGUUUUCAAGUGUAUUCUAUUGAUGUACUACAAGAACAGCAGAGGCAGAAAUUAUCGUAAACAGGGUCAACUGCUAACUUUGGUUGAAUAUACAUUACUGUUGUAUCGUGCCUUGUUGCCAGCACCUGUCUGGUAUCGUUUUUUCUUGAACAAAGAAUAUGGGAGCCUAUUUUCAUCACUAAUGACAGGGUUGUAUUUAACUUUCAAGCUCACCUCUGUUGUUGAGAAGGUCCAGUCUUUCUUUGCUGCAUUGAAGGCAUUGUCACGGAAAGAGGUUCAUUAUGGAGCUUAUGCUACGUCAGAGCAGGUCAAUGCAGCUGGGGAUCUGUGUGCUAUUUGCCAGGAGAAGAUGCAUGCUCCAAUCUUACUUCGUUGUAAACACAUCUUUUGUGAAGACUGUGUAUCUGAGUGGUUUGAGAGGGAAAGGACGUGCCCGUUGUGCAGGGCUUUGGUCAAGCCUGCAGAUCUAAGAUCAUAUGGCGAUGGAUCAACUAGUCUCUUUUUCCAGCUAUUCUAAGAAUCAGUUGCUGCAAAAACCAUGCAUGCAGUUUUUCCACUUUGAAGAAGAAGCUCUAAAUCCUCAUUGGAGAGGACGGGAACCUACCUACCUCUCAUGGUCUCAUCCACAGGUAAAACUUGAACUGUAUUUUUGUCACCCUCUCUUGUUCAUGGGGCUGCUGCUAGAAAUCACACCUGAAGUGCGUGGAUAACAUACUGGUUUCACCAUCUGUUCAUAGCUUGUAUUGAAAAAUGUUGAAUGUAAUCCCAAUGGAAUGUAUGUAAUGGGUCAUUUAAGUUACAGACAGAGUUGAUCUUAAGCUCUAACCCUAUACACAACUGUUCAUUUAUCGGAAAUGAAAGUUAUUUUUUUUCCUCUCAAA